AUUCUUGCUAUGACUGAAUCGGUUUAUUGAUGUUCAUGUUUCGUUUUUGAAUAAAAUUCAAAACAAACCAAGUUUUGAACUAAAUGUAAUAUAGUCUAGUACUAAUUUAAUCUACAACCUCCCAAUAAUGAAGAAACAACUAAUUAUAUUAUUUGUCUCGCUAUUCAGUGAAUGUUUGGCAAUAUGGUGUUAUCAAUGUACGGCAGCCACACCUGGUUGCAACGAGCCCUUCAAUUGGCGUGGUAUUGGUUAUCUCGGCAGUCCUUGCGUUGAUAGGGAAGAUGUUUGUGUAAAAUUGAUAGAGAGGAAAGGAGCUCAAGAAGUAAUAACAAGGGAUUGUUUGAGCAACUUCAAGAAUUUUAGGACAGAUAUACCAGCAGACACAUAUGAAGGUUGCAGACCAGCAGCUAAAGAUGUUAACUUGGCUAAUUAUGUUAACAAUACUAUUAAAGAACUAGAUGUGAAAAGAGAUUGGUAUGAUGAAACUGUAUGGUGUUUCUGUUUUCUUGAUCAUCGGUGUAACAGUGCAUCGGUUGUUACAAAUUCAUUUGUCGCAGUGGCAUUGUCAUGUAUUGUGGUAUUCAAAAUACUUCUUUGAUAGUCAGUCAUGCACUGCAAAUGAGACUGAUGCUAGUUUCAAAAUGAAAUGUCUCUUUAUGCACGAAUCUCAAACCAUGUGGGUAUUUAGUUUAAGUAUACAGUGAAAUAAAUUUAUUUUAAAACAUCUUUCUCUUAAUAUAAAUAAUACAUUAUAAUAAGUAUUUCAAUGUUUAUUCCGUCCAGUUUAGCUUUAAAAUGCACAUUUUACAUUUUUUUUUAAUGACUCA